GGCGAGCUAAAUGCCUAUGCGGCAGCUCCUUCAGAGACCUCCACCAUAGUAUCGACCCAGGGUGGUGGAGAGCGGAGGCUUUGCAUUGACACACUGGACUGUCGGUCCAAUAGGAUCGCAAGGGUAAUGGAUAUGAAACAUACAAUAUGUAUCUCUGCGGCGCGGUGCAUGUGGCACAACUCCGAAGCUGGGCGCAGGAAAAAGAACAUGACGAGCACAUACACAACAUUGAAGCGUUCUGCAGCUCCUCAUCAGCUCCUUGCACGUGUGCUCCUCUAUGGACUCUAGCAGGCCUCUGAUACCUAUUCCUGUUGUCAAAUUUGCCAUUUGAGCAAUACAGGGGCGUUGGUCGCAGCAUGAAGGCAUUCACGAGCCUGUUGACCUGCGUUGGCCUGUUCGCAUUCUUUUCGAGCGUUACUGCCGAAGUCGAACCAAUUGAGAUCAAGGGGUCGCAUUUCUUCUACAAGAACGGUACUGCCUUUUUUGUUCGAGGAAUAAGGUAUGAGCCGUUUGGAUACGAAUUGUCAAACUUCAACCCGCCACCUGACCCACUUGGAAGCGGAAUUCUAUGCCGACGCGACAUUCCAUACCUGUCUGGCUUCAACAUCAAUGUCAUAGUAGUGGCUUAUAUCGACCGCGACAAGGACCAUUCAGAAUGCGUGAACGCGCUUGCUGACGCUGGUAUAUACGUCGUCCCUCAAGUCGAUGCGGGUGUGAAUUCGUAUUUGUAUGUAUGGAAUCAGGAAACGUUUGAUUAUAAGAUCGGAAUCAUUAGCUCGCUUGCCAAUUAUUCAAAUGUUCUCGCUUUUCGGAUGACUGCUGCUGGCCAGCAACCUACGGACCUGCUGUACUUUCGGGCGGCCUUUCGAGACAUGCGGACGUACAUGUCCGAGGUGUUGCAUAGGAGUAUCCCGAUCGUUCUGUCAAUACUCCCAGAGGAACAAGAGAAAGACACGAUCGACUACAUAUGGUGCCAUGACGAUGCCGCCGACAUUGUUCAGUUGUGGAUGGGCAAUAGUGUCAUAAAUUGUACCUCAGACCAGAACAUUGAAGACGCUGUCGACUUCGCGAAGUCGUUGAGCGGUCCCAUCGUCCUGGAGGGAAUGAGAUGUGACUUAUACAUCGGAGAAUUUGACGACCGAAAUUACGAGUUCAUGUACGACGUGUACUCUGACAAAGGAGCUGCUGCGUUGAGUGGUGGGAUCCUUGACACGUACUACGGGGACUGGAAUGAGAGCAUGACCUUUGGUUAGUCCAGCGUUGUGAAGCAUACUACGAAACCCACAGUUAAUGGUUUCGCAGCUAUCAUGGUGUUAAGAUUCGAGCCCAACAAUGAAAACGCUAUCGAACCAUUGGCGGGAGCCAUGUCUCU